AUUACAUCAUCUCUCCUGCGUCUGAUUGGCUGAAGGUCAAGGCGCACGCAAAGCAGCACGUCUUUGCCAAACAAUCAGGCGCUGGCGGAUGUCAAAUGCGCGCUUUUCUCCCCAAAUCUAUUUAAAAAGCGUUCCCUUCGAGCUUUUUGCGUGCUGUGAUCGUUCGAGAGGAUGGCGGAAAGCGAGGUGGACACGCCGAGCACCCCGAUUGAAUACGAGAGCAAAUACUUCGAGCAUCAUGGAGUUCGACUACCUCCCUUCUGCAGGGGCAAGAUGGACGAGAUCGCCAACUUUUCGCUAAGAAGUAGCGACAUAUGGAUCGUCACGUAUCCCAAAUCAGGCACGAGUUUACUACAGGAGGUGGUGUAUCUGGUGAGUCAGGGGGCGGAUCCAGAUGAGAUCGGGCUCAUGAAUAUUGAUGAGCAGCUUCCAGUGCUGGAAUACCCACAGCCUGGAUUGGAGAUUAUCCAGGAACUGACAUCGCCUCGUCUGAUCAAAAGUCACCUGCCGUACCGUUUUCUGCCAUCAGCCAUGCAUAAUGGAGAAGGAAAGGUGAUUUAUAUGGCCAGGAAUCCUAAAGAUCUGGUGGUUUCCUACUACCAGUUUCACCGCUCUUUGAGAACCAUGAGCUACAGAGGAACCUUCCAGGAGUUCUGCAGGAGAUUCAUGAAUGACAAGCUGGGAUAUGGCUCCUGGUUUGAGCAUGUUCAGGAAUUCUGGGAGCAUCGCAUGGACUCCAAUGUUCUCUUUUUGAAAUAUGAGGACAUGUACAAGGAUCUGGGCACUCUGGUGGAGCAGCUGGCUCGAUUUCUGGGCGUCUCGUGUGAUAAAGCCCAGCUGGAGAGCCUGGUGGAGAGCAGUAACCAACUCAUCGAGCAGUGCUGCAACUCUGAGGCCCUGUCCAUCUGCCGUGGUCGUGUUGGUCUGUGGAAGGACGUUUUCACCGUGUCCAUGAAUGAAAAGUUUGAUGCCAUUUACCGCCAGAAGAUGGCAAAGUCUGACCUGACCUUUGACUUUAUCCUGUAAAGCAGCGACACUGGACCAACCAACCAGUUCACCCAGAUUGCUUAAUAAUGUCACCCGAUGGACAUUUCCUCAUGCAGAUUUGACCCCCCCCCCAUCUCUCGCUCAUUACUGCUUUUACAAUAGUAACUUCUUAAUACAGAUACGCAGGCUUUUUUUCUCUUGUGUGUAUUUGUAUAAACAGUGCAUCAGCAGUGCUAGUAAUGGUGAGCACAGUGCUUGUUGCGUUUGCACAUUGUACAGAGCUAUUCCAUAUCCCAAAGGCGCUUAUGAAAAAUGUAUUUAUUAAAAAUCAGAAAUGGAAAAAAAAAAGAUAUAUGCUUAAACCCUAACGACAAACUCAGAGAAAAUGUCAUAGUCUCAGGAGGAUUCUUGAAAUCAUUGGCUAUUAGAUGCACCAAAUAUGCAGUCAUCCAAUCACAGCUCAGCCGAGCCUCAUGAUGAAUGCUGAUUGGCUCCUGGCCAAAUAUCAUCAAGUGUGUGUGGAAUGUCAUUUCGCUUUUUUCUUCUUAGUAGCUUUUACUAGAAAAGCUUUUAACUGAAAAACAUUUAUUUAUUUAUUUUGUUGUUAUAUUUCCUCAGUUAUGCAUCGAUAUUUGGAUUUAGAAAUAUUUUGUUAGUCAAGUAUAUGUAUGAAGGAUAUUUUAAGCACAUUUGGUUCAUUUCACAUCAUGAUGUAAUGCAUCAAAAGUGUUGUUAUGAGGAGAUACGAGUUCAUUUCAUUAUUAUGUCUUGGUCAAACGUAUAAAAAUGCAUAAGGUGAACUUAAAUACCAGCACUCAUAAUAACGUGACUUAUAACCUCACAUAUCCAACAAAUUGCUGCGGCUGCAUUCAGAAUGGGAUACUAGCAUACUUUAUAUUAUAUUCAAUUCAAUUCAGGUUAAUUUGUAUAAUUAUUGUAUUACUAUAAUUAUAGUUUUAAAGCAGCUUUUCAAAGGUGCACAUUACUGCAUUACAAUCAAAUUAAGUUGAAGUUACAAUCAAAUAUAAAUUAUUAUAUUUAAACAUAGUUAACCUGCAGUUUUAUAGCAUAUAUGUGAUGUCUAUGUGUACAUGUUUAAUGAAGUGUAUUUGUGUACAUUAUACUACACUCUCAGAAAUAAAGGUAUGGAAGCUGUCACUGGGGUGGUACCUUUUCAAAAGAUCCACAUUUGUACUUGAAUGGUCCAUAUUGGUACCUCACGGGUACAUAUUAGUACCUAAAAAUUAAGUGGAACACUUUUGCACUUUUUAGGUACUCAUGUGCACCCGUGAGGUAUUAACAUGGACCUUUUAGGUACAAACUUGUACCUUUUCAAAUGGUACCACCCCAGUGACAGCUUCCGUACCUUUAUUUCUGAGAGUGUAGCAUACUACAUAUUAUAGAUGCAAUAGUGUGCAUUAUGCCACUAAAUAGUAUUCUACAUUGUCACAUGACCUCAUUAAAUACAUGUUUAAUAAAGAAACAGGCAGUUAAUUAAUAUGUCUAGAGAUAGUUCUGUGUUUCCAGUUUGUCUGAUACAAAUAAUCCAAUCUGGUUUAUGUUGUUUUCAGUUUUCUGCACAGAAA